AUAAAUUAAUAGCAUCAAUAAUAAUAAACUAGAAAAUAUUUUAAAUAUGAAAAAAUCCGGUUUUUUUCGCGGUGUACUUGAUGGUAUACGUUCGACCGUUGGUCAACAAUCAUCAUCAUCAUCAUCAUCUGGUGCAAAAGCACUAUUGGAAUCUGAAACUGAAGAAGUUUUGAAACAAUCACAUUUUAAAAUCAAUACGAUUGUUCAACAUGGUUUCCCAUAUCAGCCUACAUCGAUUGCAUUCGAUCCAAUACAACGGUUAAUUGCAAUUGGAUCGAAAAAUGGUUCACUACGGAUUCUGGGACGUCCAGGAGUCGACAUCAGUCUUCGUCAUGUAACCGAAUUUGCUGUAUUGCAAAUCAUUUUCAUUAUUAAUGAGGGCCAAUUAAUAACCGUUUGUGCCGAUGAUAGUAUUCAUCUUUGGAAUCUACGUAAUAAAUCACCAGAAAUUGUCCAUUCACUCAAGUUUCAAAAAGAAAGGAUUUCUUAUUGCCAUCUAGCAUUUCAAAGUAAAUGGAUGUAUAUUGGUACAGAAAGAGGCAAUGUUUAUGUUGUCAAUAUCGACACAUUUGCCAUGUCUGGUUAUGUUAUAAAUUGGAAUAAAGCAAUCGAAAUAUCUCGUAAAACACAUCCUGGUUCAAUCAUUCAUCUAAGCGAUUGUCCAAUUGAUUCAAAUAAGCUAUUAAUUGGAUAUGAAUCCGGUAGUAUUGUUUUAUGGGAUUUACGUAAUAAAAGUGCCGAUUUUCGUCAUAAUUAUCCGGAAGGAAUACUAUCCAUUUCAUGGCAUAGUGAAGGUAGACAAUUUAUUUGUAGCCAUGCUGAUGGUAGUCUUAGUACAUGGAACCUUAAAGCCGGUUCUAGGCCUCAAUCAUCAAUCUUUCCACAUGCCAAAUCAGGUGAUCCAAAAUCCGAACUAUGUUCGAAAAUACCAAAAGUUGAAUGGCGUACAUCACGUACUGGUGAUGCUUAUAUUAUGUUUUCCGGUGGUCUUAUUGUUGGCAAUGGUGGUGGUGGUGGUGGUGUUGGUGGUAGUGAUAGUGCCAAUACUAAACAAGUAUUGACUGUAAUUCAUGGCAAAUCAACAACAGUUUUGGAAAUGGAACAUGAUAUCAUUGAUUUUAUAACCUUGUGUGAAUCGCCUUAUGAAGCUGAUUUUAAUGAUCCAUAUGCCAUAGUUGUUUUACUUAGCAAUGAUCUAGUGGUAGUUAAUCUUCAACAACCUGGUUAUCCUUGUUUUACGAAUCCAUAUCCAAUGGAUUUACAUGAAUCACCGGUGACCUAUUGUUAUUAUUUGGCAAAUUGUCCACCUGAUCUUAUACAUGCAUUUUAUACGGUUGGACAAAAAUCAAACAAACGUAGUGGUAUGUUGGAACGUGAUUGGCCCAUAAAUGGUGGUGAAUGGGGAAGUUCAACAGUAAGCUAUCCAGAGAUUAUAAUCACUGGUCAUGCUGAUGGUUCAUUAAAAUUCUGGGAUGCAUCGGCUGUAAAUUUGCAAAUAUUAUAUAAACUAAAAACAGCCAAAUUAUUUGAAAAGCCAAGACUCAUAAAUAGCAGCCAAAGUUCUAAUAAUAAUAAUAAUAAUCAAAAUAAUAACAAUAGCAACAAUAAUAAUGUUGGUUCCAACAAUAAUAACAACAGCAACAACAACAACAAUACGACAAAUAAUAACGGAACGUCCGAAAUGGAAGAUUUAUUUGCCAUUGAAUUUCUAACAUUUUCUGCUGAAAAUCGUGUACUAUGUGUUGCAGGAGCUUCGUCACAAGUGAUUGUAUUCCGUUUCAGCAAACAAGAAGCUCAAUCUGAAAUAACAGUUAUUGAAGUGCCAAUGAAUUAUGAUGAAAUUGAUCCACAAUCGGAUAGCGAAAUUUUAUCUGGUGCCUCGGCAUUAUUACAUAAAGCCGAUACACAUGAUCCUAUGGCUUAUUAUCCAUUAAAAGCUCGCACAGGUCAUCAUAAACGAUUAUCCGGUUUUCAGGCCGAAGUCAUUUGUCUUAGUCCUUGGAUUGAUCGUAAAACACCGCCAUAUCGAAUAACAUCAAUGAGUUAUAAUAUGCACGCUAGUCUUUUUGCAUAUGGUACCGAAAAUAGUUUAGUCAUCAUUGAUCUUGUUCAAAAAAGUAUCGUGUUAAAUGUUUCCACUGCAUCACUUUAUGGUACAAGUGAUCCGUAUCAAAGAACAAGAACAAAACGCUGUACAUCUGCAGGACCACAUUCAAAAGAAUCAAGUGAUCAUAAUAAUGAACAUCGUAAUGAUGUUGAUCGUUGUCGUUCACCAAUCACCAAUGAAAAUGAUGUUUGUAUGAGUCCAACGACAAUAGGCGGCAAUCGUAAUUCAGGUUUUCAUCAUCAUAGUUCAUUAUCAUCAUCUACGAAUUUUGAUGGUUCAUUGGGUGCUACAGGAAGUGGUGGAAGUGGUGGAUGUUCGCCGUCAUCAUUAGGUACGGCAACAUCGACAAUACUUUCAUCAACAUCACCAUCGGCAACAGCGUCAUCGUCCGCAGCUGCUGCUGCUGCAACGUCAGCCACAUCAACAUCAUCAUCGAAUAUAUCACGUUCAAAAGCGAUUCCACAAUCCAUAGUGAAUACCGAGCUGAAACGUUCACGUUCUCAAGGUACUCGAAACAAGUUACAAAUGAUGCAUACCAUACAUCAGAGUAUGAUGAUUAUGCCAGCAUCAAUUGCUACUGACCAUCGUGGUGAUCACCAUCAUCAUACUGAUGCGUCCGACAGGCUCAUCAAUUCGAGUAGUAUAAAUCAUAUCGGGCUUCACCAUCACCAUCAUUUACAUCAUGGCGUCCAAUUAGGAUCAGACAAAAUUGAAAGCUUUACCCGAUCACGAAGCUCCAGUAUGUCUAGCCUGGAGAAUGUUGGCAGUGAACCAGUUCAAUUUUUGAUAUUUGCCAAUACUUAUGUUCUCAAAACUGAUACUUGUCCCAGUCCAACACUUUGGGUGGGUACAAGUUGUGGUACUGUAGUUGUCAUUACAUUGACAAUGCCCGAUAGCAUGGACAAUCGUGUUCUAUGUUUGCAAACUGUUCUAGCAACACCUAGUCCGACCAUAUUUCGUUUGAAAGGUUCAAUAUUGAAUAUUGGAUUUCUUGAUCUAAAUGGGUGUAGCCUACCAUUAUCUGCUGAUUCAUGGAAAGAUAAUAAUAAACGAAAUGAAACUUCAACACCGACAAGCACUGGUGAAUCAAAUAAACGUACCGGAUCAUUGACUAUCACUCGUACAGGUAGUGGUGGUUCGGCAAGCAAUCGAAUGACGAAAACAUCGCCCACAUCUAGUACAACCGAUGUACGAGAUUCACAUUUGGUCGUGUUAACAUCGGAAAAACAAAUUCGUUUGAUUGUAAUGCCUCAACAGAUUUGUGCUCAAAAAGCUGUCAUCACUGAAACAUCGUUUGCUGUACGAGCUGAUCUUGUAUUUAUUAAGAAUCAAGAUGCUUAUUGUUUAGCAGUAUAUCUGGGCACCGGCAACAUUGUAGUCUAUAGUUUGCCAAGUCUACGUAUCUUAAUUGAUAAUGAUUUUUUACCAUUAACUGAUGUCAGAAUUGCACGAACAAUACUUUUUAGUGUAAAUGGUCAUGGAAUGUAUCUAUCAUCACCAUCAGAGUUGACAAAAUUCACAAUAUUGGCAUCAUUCUGUGACAAUUUACCCGAUAUGAUUGGUUCAGUAUAUACUGGUCCAAAAGAAUUACCCGAACCGCCCAAACAAUCAUUUUUAAAAGGUUUUUUUGGUGGCACACCGACACCAUUAGAUCGUGAGGAAUUGUUCGGUGAAACGAAUGCCGGUAAAGCGCCCAAAACAAUGGCACGUUUAAUACCAGGGUCAAUUGAACAUGCUAAAUCACAAUCCAGUGCUAUUGGUGGUGAAUUUGCUAAAUUAAAAGAGGGCCUAUCCGAACGUGGUGAACGUCUUGGUAAAUUAGAAGAUAAUACAGCUCGUAUGCAAAAUGAAGCUGAAGCAUUCAGCAGUAUGGCACAUGCUGUUAUGCUCAAAUAUCGUGAUAAGAAAUGGUAUCAAUUCUAAGAAUACCACACCAAAAAAAAAAAAAAUUCUUCAAUCUCUCAUUUUCACUAUUUAUUCAACAAACGUACAACGAUCAAAAAAAAAAUCAGCCAUCAUAUUUAUAUACAUUAUAACCACCAUAUAUAUUCAUAUAUGGUGUAUAUGUAACAAUCGGAUAAGAAUAUGGAUUAUUUAUCAACAAUCUCAUAAAAUCAUUUCAUCAUCAUCAUCAUCAUCAUCACCAUCAUCAUCAAUCAUCAU